AUGCUUACUAUCCUUAAUAUAAAAGAUUUGGAUCGUUGUUCAGCAUCCACAGUAUCUUUAAGCAUUGAAGAAGCUAUUAGUAAAAAUUUAUUAAAUCUAGCACAAUAUCAAUAUUGGCUUACUGAUAAUACAGCUUAUAUGUCAGAAUCAACUGCUGGUGCUGUUGUUAAAUUUAAUCAGCAAUAUUCGGCAAAAGCAACUCGAAUUUCUUAUAGUCUACAUGCAUUAUAUAUAGCUUCAGUACAUUUUAAUAAUACAACAUUUGGAAAAACUAAAUCUCUUUCAGGAAUUUGCUUAGAGCCAUAUCUGUUCAAUGUUUUUAAUUUGGCUUAUUAUCUUCACUGUGGGUAUAACAAAUCUGAUAAAGACAAUCCAUUAAAUAUGAAAGCAGAAAAGAUUAGCAAAUUAUAUAAAGCGUUACUUAAUUAUGAUCUUAAGAGAUAUCAAAAACCUAUCUCAACCCAUUGGUUAUAUCAAUUAACUAUGGCAAAACAGUAUUUAAAUCGAAGAGAUAUUCAUUUACAAUUUUCUAAGAUUCAAAUAAUGGUUAGUUUUGGCAAAUGGUUUUAUGAAAAAGUUAUAUUCUUUUUAAUUGGUAAGGAUACAAAUACUACGAAUCUUCCAAACGGAUUUAGAGCAAGCAAAAUACCAGAUAAGGUCGAACAAUGGAUUAAUGAUUUGCAAAUAGCAUCUGAAUAUCCUGAUGAAGUCUUUGUAGAAGAGAUGUUAUUAGCUCAUGAAACUUUAUCUACAGAUGAGUUUAAUGAUUUAAUUAAUAGAAUUGAAUACGGAUUAGUAAAAGCAUUAGAUGCAUUUAAACGGUGGAUGGAUCUAUAG